AUCAUUGGGAUUGAAAAUUCUCGUGACAGCUUGGUCCUUUCGAGCCGGAUCUCAAUACCUGCUUCUGUCGGUCCAGGGAGACACCGAAAACCGUGCACGGGCGGAUGAAAUAUCCGUAGAUUAAAGACCUGGCCCCUUUCUGAGGGUUCUUUACAGGCCGGUGGCGAACUGGUCUGCGACAGAAACGGUGACGAGAUCCAACCGACAUUGAAACCUCAGCUGCAAUAAUAAGAUGGAUUACUGCACCCGACAAAGUAAGGUCUCUUCUGGCAAGGUCAUGGUCACGGGGGCAGCUUAAUCCGAAAGUUUAUUCAUCCACCGACAAGAUCAGGAAGAUCCGCAGGAGAAGCUUGUUCCUGACAUCAUUUAUAAGAGGUUUAUAAGUGGUUUAUGGUCAUAUAAAAGGGAGCCUUUCAGCAUCAUAGUUCACAUCUAAGGGACGGACAAGUAGUGGUCUGAGUCAGAGAGGAGCCAAGAUGGGAAAGGACUUCCAUCUGUACGAGAACAUCUCUAAGGUCAGCCCAUUUGAGGGGCCACAGUAUCACCUGGCCCCAAUAUGGGCUUUCUACCUACAGACUGCUUUCAUGGGCUUUGUGUUCUUUGCUGGAACACCUCUAAACUUUAUCAUUCUCGUGGUGACAGUGAAGUACAAGAAGCUGAGACAACCGCUGAACUACAUCCUGGUCAACGUCUCGUUAGCAGGUUUCAUCUUUGUGACGUUUUCUGUGAGUCAAGUGUUUGUUUCUAGCGCGAGAGGAUACUACUUCCUGGGUUACACCUUGUGUGCAAUGGAAGCUUGCAUGGGUUCAAUAGCAGGGUUGGUGUCAGCUUGGUCCCUGGCUGUCCUUGCCUUUGAGAGAUAUGUGGUCAUCUGCAAACCCUUCGGCACCUUCAAAUUUGACAACAACCAGGCUCUGGCGGCUGUUGGCUUCACCUGGGUCAUGGGGAUCGGAUGUGCCACCCCACCGUUCUUCGGCUGGAGCAGGUAUAUCCCUGAGGGUCUGGGCUGCUCCUGUGGACCUGACUGGUACACAAACAACGAGGAGUACCACUGUGCCAGUUACACCAAAUUCCUUAUUGUUACCUGUUUCCUCAUGCCCAUGUCCAUCAUCUUCUUCUCCUACUCCCAGCUGCUGGGAGCACUACGGGCUGUGGCAGCUGCGCAGGCUGAGUCAGCUUCCACCCAGAAGGCAGAGAAGGAAGUAUCCAGGAUGGUGAUUGUGAUGGUGUGCUCCUUCAUUCUGUGUUACGGCCCCUACGCCCUGGCAGGCUUGUACUUUGCCUACACAACAAGCGAGAACAAAGACUACCGCCUGGUGACCAUCCCUGCUUUCUUCUCUAAAAGCUCCUGUGUAUACAAUCCUCUUAUUUACGCCUUCAUGAACAAACAGUUUAACGCCUGCAUCAUGGAGACUGUGUUCGGAAAGCAGAUUGAAGAGACUUCAGUUUCAGCCUCCAAGACUGAGGUCUCCACAGCAUAAACUGUGACGCUGGUCUCAGUCCAUCAGGAGCCCAUCCCCAACAGCCAACACCUGACCACCCCUUACCUCCACUGCUUCAUACCAGGAAGGUCCUACUGUCAGAGAACUUUUCCAAACUCCGUAGUAUUAUUCUUAUCAUAAUCAGUGUGUGAUUUGUAUAGGGUUUGUGGUGGUGUUGUUGGCCAUUUUAUUUCUUAUUCAUAUGGGAACACCCCUUAGCACACCAUGAGAGCCAAAAAGGGGUUUAUUUUCUCCUGCGCUUUCUUUCCCUCUUCCUCCUAUCCACCUCUCUCUCACCUCUCCCCCACAAAUCGCACCCUGUUUAAGACCGUAAUGAAUCAUGUACAUUUCAUUCUGAAUAUUGACCGAACCUGUCUGAUGAUGGCAUAUAUUAGCUUACCAAAGCUGCAGUCUAAAAAUAGCAAUGCAUGAAAAAAAAUGAAGAAAAAUACAAGUUUAGCAGUUUUAUUUUUGUAUCUCCGGAAUGGGGGGUCUUGGGGUGGAUUCAAUAAACCAUCUAAGGUUCCCUAACACUUGAUUGAAAAUGUGAGUUCAGGGCAAAUAGGGUUUAUUGAAUCUACCCCUUGAUGAAAUACUCAACAUGUUGAUUUAUUGUAACAUAUCUAAGGUAAAUAAAGAUUUAUAUUGUAUUACGAUGCACUUUUA